AUGAAUAUAUUUACCAGAUGUGUAUUUUUGUAUUCAUUCAUCAUAGUAUUUGUAAUUUGCACAAAUGAUAAUAACCAAUCCAAUAACACCAAUGAAGGGGGGGGGAACGACAAACCAGGGAAGGGUGGCUUCGACUUUAGCCAACUCGGGGACAUUCUGAAUUCCCUGAACGGGAAAGGAGGUAAAGGUGGAAACGCAAAUAAUAAUAAUAACGGCAACCUGGACAUGUUAAAUAAUCUUUUAAACCAGAAAGGCUCAUCGUCUGGAGGAGGAGGAGGUCUGGAGAAUCUUAUGAACCUUUUUAAUACCGUCAAUAAUAAGGGAGGUGGAAAUGCAAAUUUAAAUAAUUUAGAUAUGGGAAAAAUGAUGGACAUGCUCAAGCAGUUCGGUGGAGCCGCCAACAGUGGUGCGCAGGGGGGUGGAAAAGGCACCGGUGCAGAUGGACAGAAAGUUAACCCUAUGGAAUCUGUUGGAAAUUUGCUAAACAUGUUGAAUGCCGGUGGCAACAAGGGAGGCGAUGGGAAGGGAGCUGAUGGGAAGGGAGGCAAUCCAAUGGAGCACCUAACCAGUCUACUAGGCAAUCUAGGAGCGAACAAGGGAGGUGAUGGGAAGGCAGGCAAUUCACUGGCAAAUUUAACCAGUCUACUAGGCAAUCUAGGAGCGAACAAGGGAGGCGAUGGAAAGAGUGGUAACCCCUUAGAGCACCUAACCAGUCUGCUGGGCAAUUUGGGAGCUAAUAAGGGAGGCGGGAACAACAAACUGAUGGGCGACCUCCAGUCCCUGUUGGGGAACUUCCUCAACUCACAGAAGAAGAACAACGAUGCGCCAUUCGCAUUAGACAAAAGUGUAAUGGAUGGGUCUACAAACAAAGAAUCCAUCAUGUUAGAGUAUAAUCAGAGUGAAAAGAACCUCCUGCAAGAAUUGCAAAAUUUGAUAAACAAGAGUAAGGGGAUGAAUGUUACUGGAGGUAGCAAAGAGUUAGAAGAAAAGAACUCCAAGUUGAAAAGUUUUUUCAACUUACUCAAAGGGAAAUACAAUCCGUACUCCUACGAGAGACAAAUCCUAAAUGACAUAACAAGUGAGGAGGACAUAAAGGACAAAUACAAUAUUGAUGAUGAGUUCGAAAAGCAUAUUUACGUUAGUGCAAAUGAUAACAGUGUUAAUUACGAACAAAUGAGUGAUGAGGAAAAAGAGAAGAAAACAGAAAUGUUCGCUGACGUGAAUCAGUUGGAUGAUAAUGAGUCUGUUGAAAGUGGAUCUAUCAGUGGGCACAUUUUAAGAAAGGGCAAAUUAGAAAAUGAGAAACUUUUACGUGGGUUAAUAGCAGGGGAGAGUGAUAAUUUGCAUGAAUGUAAUUGCGAGUCGAGUAAGGAAAAGAAUUGUAUAUUGUCAUAUAUCAAUUAUAAUAAUUUGGAGUACAUGAUGGAUAGCUUAAACAUAGAUGUGAAGAAAAUGGUGAAGCAAUACAGACUGUCUGGUAAGGAUGCUUCUUCUCCGUAUGCCAAGUCAGAAUCAUUUCUCGUUCCCUUACCCCCCUUGAAUGCCAAAUCAGAUGUGAGAGACACAUCCAAGUAUGUAUUGCGUGUACCCCGUGUUCUCUUCCUUUCAACGAAGAAAGCCUUCUCCACCUCCAUGGACAGGUAUUUUUUCAAUUUGUAUGAUAUUAUGGAAAGUCAGUUGAAGUGGAAUACGUACAUGUGGGGAUAUGGGUUCAAAUAUUACCCUUUAUUUUUUACGAAGAAUUUACACACGCUGUUGCACAAUUAUGAGAAGCAGAUUGGAAAGGAUCCAUUUGACAUCAUCUUUGUCCACAGCAGUUUUGUAUCGAACUAUUACAAUCAUUAUUUUUUUUUGAAGAAUAUGCCCAGAAUGACCACUCUAAUAUUUAUAAAUGAUGGGUGGGAUAACAGCGUGAAGAAUUCUUACUUGAAUUUAUUUCCUCACAUAUUUUUUCAAAACCAGGUGAAUAUAUUUGAGUACAAUCCUUUGAACAGUAUUGACUCUGGGUCGGAGAAGAGAAAACUCAUCAACAGUUUGUGGAACAAGGUGUCGAGUAAUGACUCCAAUGAUGUCAUAGCAAAUAAGCAUAAGAAGAAGGGAAAAAAUUACGACACUAAAAAAAGGAAAGGAGAUAAUGGGGUAAUUGGAGAUGAAGAAGAGGAGGACGACCAGCAGAAGAAGAAGAAGAAGGGAAAGAAUGAGUUGAGUGCAGAAGGAGAGGACUCCAACCAAGAGGAUGAACACGAUGAUGAUGAAAACAAAACAUUGUGGGCAUUCCUACCCCAUGGAGUGAAUCCUUGCUGUUUGAAUAAUAUGGAAAAUAUGUUCAACGUGAUAGAGAACGAUCCCAACGAUAGCUCCAAGGAAAUGGUAGUCAGUCCUACCUUUUACCAAGACCUCGCUAAAAAGAUGAUGAAGAAAAAGAAGAAAAAUAUGCCCAAGUUGGAGUUGUCCUACUCGCUUCUAGACAUUUUCCUCCCAGCAUGUACUUACAAAGAUACGGUACCGAGCUUUCUGAAUAACACGCAUAGGGAUAUUGAUAUCCUUUACCUUUGCAACACCACUUCUAGUAAUUAUAAUGAUUUUCUAAUUCAAAAGGUAAUGGAUUAUAUUUAUAACAAGGAUAUAAAUAAUUUGAAACAUCGAAUAAAGAAAUACGAAUUCGAUUUAUACUACUGGAAAGUAUGGGGCAUGCAGACCACACACAAGUUGAUAAAGAACAAGCUGAAGGAGUAUCAUGAUAUGUUGCGCAGAAGUAAAGUGUGUGUAAUUAGCUCCAAGUUUGCAGGCAUGUUAAACAGAAUGGUAAUUGAUGCUCUGUUCAAUGGCUGUGUUGUCAUUACAGACAAGAGCCACAACAAAGACAUUAACAAAUACAUUGUCACGACGCGCAUACCUUAUGAGUAUUAUGAAAUAAGUGACCUCAUUUAUAAUACAGAAAAUAUGAAUAACAUUUCCAAAGACUUGGUAGACAGAAUUAAUGUGACUUUGGAGGAGGUGAAUAGUGGUAAGAAGGAUCUACUCAAAGUAGAGGCGUUUAAAACGGUUAUGAAUACAUACACCUACCAAGGGGUUAUCCUGAAUUGGAUCCUUCCCACCAUGUACUUUCAUUACAAUAAGGAGAAGUAUGAGCUUGUGAACAACUACUUUGUUUUGCCACAAUACUUUGAGGACGUUAUUUCGAAGAGCUUAAAAACGACCAGUGCCCAGAGGGAGAAAAUCAUCGCAAAUAUUGAUCUGUCUCUCCAGGAGGAUCUCAUAAUGAAUAACAAUGAAGUAGCUACCUGGUGCAUCAUCUGGAUCCUCAUUUUCGCCAUCAUUGUGUUUUACCUUGUGCGUAAUAGCAACCUGCUCAGCGCUCUCUUCAAGCAGCGCAAGCUGCACCUCUGA